AUGAAGCGCCCAAGUUGUCGAAAAGCACGUUAUACGAGUCCGGCUGUGAGCGUAGUAAAAAUCGAUGAAAAGGUGACUACUACAGAACUUUCUCCCACCGCCGCCGUCGAUAAUGGAAUUAUGCGUCAAUCGGAUACAAUUUUCACUAAUCAAUUCACGAGGGACAUAGGAAAGAUUCGCUACAUGAUCUUUGAGCUCUACGAGAGGAAGCUCAUGACGUAUGGCGGAUUUUUUCAAGAGAUGAAGGCCGUUUGGGAGGGUCUCUCACUCGAGAUUAAUGAGUGCAUCCGCGAUGUUGAUGCCCUAGAAUGGAACCUUGAAUGGAAGGCUGUGAAAAGUCCUGUGUCCGUUCAAAAUUUCCAUGGCAUUUCCAGCAUAUUAGAAUAUAUAUGCUGGCAUCCUGGCGAGGGUCAUGUCGUAGUAACUUCUAUGGUCUGA